AUGGCCGACACGAACGUAACGACGGAGGAGAAGCGGGCAUCGCAGGAUGCGCAGCCCGGCGAAGCCCCACUAAAGUCGGAACAGUCAAGCGAAACAAUAGCACCAAGGGACGAUGACAACAUUGUGUAUCCGACGGGAAUAACACUCAUCUUAAUCAUAGUGUCCCUAUGCCUUUCUGUCUUCCUGGUUGCUCUUGACCAAACCAUCAUCGCGCCGGCCCUUGGAGCGAUCACAUCCGAUUUCCAUAGCGUCAAGGACAUAGGCUGGUAUGGCGCUGGAUACCUGCUCACGACGACGGCUCUGCAGCCGACCUAUGGCAGGAUCUACAAGACCUUCGACAUCAAGCUGACCUUCCUCGGGGCCGUGGCCCUCUUCGAACUGGGCAGCUUAGUAUGUGCCCUGGCUCCCACCUCCAUCGCCUUCAUUGUGGGCCGGGCCUUGGCCGGAGGCGGCACCGCCGGUCUCUUCUCCGGCGCCGUCGUGAUAUUUUCCUACACCCUGCCCCUCAGGAAAAGGCCGGCAGCGUUCGGCCUGGUCGGGGGCAUGUGGGGCAUAGCCAGCGUGGCCGGCCCGUUGCUCGGAGGCGUCUUCACGGACCAUGCCACUUGGCGCUGGUGCUUUUAUAUCAACCUACCGAUCGGAGGCGCCGCAAUGCUUGCCAUAUUCUUCUUCCUGCGCAUCAAAAGGGUGAAUAACCCGAACAAUGACAGCUUGUUCACCCGGAUCAAGCAGCUCGACUUGGCUGGCACAGCUAUAUUGAUCCCCGCUGUCGUCUGUCUUCUCCUAGCCUUGCAAUGGGGAGGAGCCGAAUAUCCCUGGAAUGACUCCCGCAUCAUUGGUCUCUUUGUCGGCUUCGGGGUAAUGGCUAUUAUUUUCGUCGGCCUCCAAAUCCGGGCGGGCGAUGCAGGAACUUUGCCCCCUCGGCUCUUCAAGAACCGCAAUGUCCUUCUCGCCAUGUUGUUCGCCUUCUUCUUCGGAGCCGGCUUUUUCCCACUGGUGUAUUAUCUUGCCCUCUAUUUCCAAGCCAUCCAGGGCGACAGUGCUGUCGAGGCUGGUGUCAAACUCCUGCCACUUCUCAUCUCGGUGGUAGUCACAUCUGUGCUGAGCGGCGGGCUGGUCACCGUUGUGGGCUAUUACAACCCUUUCGUCAUUCCCGGCAUGAUCCUAUUCACCGUUGGCGCGGCCAUGAUUACAACGUUCAGCAUUGACUCCCCGGUGAAGGUCUGGUUUGGAUAUCAGGUGAUUUGCGGUCUCGGCAUUGGCGUUGGUUUCCAGAUUGGCAUUCUUGUCGUCCAGAACAUGCUGCCUUUGGAGUGGAUUCCGGUUGCAACGGCAUGCGUCCAAUUCUUCCAGAGUCUUGGAGGAGCAGUGUUCAUCGCCGUUUCACAGGCCUUGUUCCAGAACGGAUUGAAGGACGGAAUAAUGCGAAAUGCGCCAGGCAUACCCCCCGAGAUCUUUAUCAACAGCGGCGCCUCCCAAGUCAAGCAGAUCCUGCAAUCGCUCCAUGCCGAGCAGUUUACUGACGCAGUACUCAACGCCUAUCUCUCAGGACUGAGACACACGUACUAUGCCAGCAUGGGUUGCGCUGGGGCGGCCUUUGUCAUUUCUUGUUUAUUGACUUGGAAGAAGAUUAAGAAGGCGCCAAAAGCGGGGGUCCGGACGCAGAGAAAGCUGGAGUGCAGGGAAACAGCCAGUCAUGAGUUCGUGGCGAUAUUGACAUCGCCAAAACUCCCCACUUAG